AUCUUACAUAUUCCAAAUAGUUUUAUUUUAAAAACGGGCACCAUGAAUAAAUAGUGUCCUGCGAUGGACUGCAGCCCAGUUUCCACAGGAUAAACUGACCAGGAUAAAGAGGUUACUGAAGAUGAAGUUGUUACUGAUUAAAGGAAUGAAUGAAUAAAUCUGUUGUGAGUAAAUAAUAUUCUGUAUGGAGCCUUAGCGGCUACUCGAUUUGGGACGCACCCUGGAGUUUUUUUUUUUUACUUUUUUUAAUUCCGGCUCUAUUCAGUGAAUCAUUACGUAUGACUCAGGUCACCAAUAAGAGCCGACUCUUUCGGCUCCCAACCGGCUCGUUGUAAUGUUCUUCUCUAAAUAGACAAAGUUUGCUAUAUUUUGACCAGAGAUUGUUCUUAUUUUUUAUAACCAUGGCUGAAAUUGUCCCAUGGAAUGUUAUUUUACUUUCUAAUGAACAAAAUAACAAAAUCAGCAAGACAUGGAAAAUGUGUAAGAAUGUCUGCAUUAAUAUUGUUGCGUCUGUACUUCAUUAACAAUAUUUCCAUUUAUCCUCUCUCUCUCUGUCUCUCUCACAAACACACAAACACACACACACACACACACACUUGACGGAAAAACGCCGGUUUAUAUGCGAGUCGACUCCUAAAUUACCUAAAAGCUUCAAAGAGCCGACUCCUUCUUGAACGAUGCAUCGCUAGCUCUUACGUCAAUUCCCCGCGACGUCGGAGCGUGAGCCAUGUGAGAGGCGAUUCCCUUUACGAUUAGAUAAACACCCGCAGUGGCGAAGGCCUUUUUACACCCUAAAACUUGCUAUUUUGCUGUUUUGGUGCUGAGUCUGAGGUGAAGUGUGAGUAGGACGGGUUAAUAUCAGCUCGACGCUUCUUCCGGAUCAUGCCCCACGACCCCGAUCCUCCUCCGGCCAAGAAAUUUAAGCCGGGCUCCCCUUUUUUCCCUGCAAACAAGAAGCCUGGAAUGCUGCUGCCAAAGAAGGGAAAUGCGCCCAUUCCAAUAGACUUGCAAAGAAAACAGCUUCCUAUUUACCAGGCCAAAUCUCAGCUCAUCGACCAGCUCAGACAGCUGCACAAUGCUGUGUUAAUCGGAGAGACAGGCUCGGGUAAAACCACACAGAUCCCUCAGUACCUCUAUGAAGCUGGCAUCGGCCGGCAGGGCAUCAUCGCGGUCACUCAGCCUCGACGUGUGGCUGCUAUCUCGCUGGCAGGACGAGUGGCUGAGGAAAAGAGAACUCAGCUUGGAAAACUGGUGGGCUACACGGUACGAUUCGAGGACGUGACAUCCCCGGAAACCAAGCUGAAGUUCAUGACUGAUGGCAUGCUGCUGAGAGAGGCGAUCGGAGACCCGCUGCUUUUGCGCUACACAGUUGUGAUCCUGGAUGAAGCUCACGAGCGCACCGUCCACACUGACGUCCUCUUCGGCGUGGUCAAGAGCGCCCAGCGCAAACGCAAAGAGCAGAAUAAGAUCCCUCUGAAGGUCAUUGUGAUGUCCGCCACCAUGGACGUGGACCUGUUCUCUCAGUAUUUUAAUAAGUCUCCUGUGCUCUACUUGGAGGGUCGGCAGCACCCGAUUCAGAUCUAUUAUACCAAGCAGCCGCAAUCUGAUUACCUACACGCAGCGCUGGUCUCCAUCUUUCAGAUUCACCAGGAAGCUCCUCCAUCCCAUGACAUCUUGGUGUUUAUGACGGGUCAGGAGGAGAUUGAAGCGCUGGCUCGUACGUGUCGGGACAUCGCCAAACACCUGCCUGAAACCUGCGGGCCCAUGAUUGUGAUCCCUCUGUACGCAUCACUUCCUCCUGCCCAGCAGCUCAGGGUCUUUCAGCCUGCACCUAAGGGUUGCAGAAAAGUCAUCCUCUCAACCAACAUCGCAGAGACGUCCAUAACUAUUUCUGGGAUUAAAUACGUCAUUGACACAGGAAUGGUGAAGGCCAAGCGCUAUAACCCAGACAGCGGUCUGGAGGUGUUGGCCGUGCAGCGGGUGUCCAAAGCGCAGGCCUGGCAGCGGGCAGGCAGGGCAGGGAGAGAGGACUCUGGCUCGUGUUACCGCCUCUACACUGAAGACGAGUUCGACAACCUAGCAAACAUGACUGUACCUGAAAUACAGCGGUGUAAUUUAGCUGGUGUAAUACUGCAGCUGCUGGCUCUGGGUGUUCCCGAUGUGCUCAACUUUGACUUCAUGUCCAAGCCGUCACCUGAGUCGAUGCGAAUGGCAGUGGAGCAGCUGGAUCUCCUUGGAGCUGUGGAGAGAAAGGAUGAUCAGGUUUCCCUCACUUCUCUGGGCAAAAAGAUGGCCUGCUUUCCCCUGGAACCUCGAUUUGCUAAAACCAUCCUGAUCUCUCCAGACUUCUCCUGUACUGAGGAGAUUCUGACUAUUGUCUCUCUGCUCUCUGUGGACUCUGUGCUCUAUAACCCUCCUGCCCGACGAGACGAGGUACUUGCCGUGCGCAAAAAAUUCAUCUCCAGUGAAGGAGACCACAUGACCCUGCUGAACAUCUACAGGGCCUUCAAGAAAGUCAGCGGAAAUAAGGAGUGGUGUAGGGAGAACUUUGUAAACAGCAGAAACAUGGGUCUGGUUGCUGAAGUCCGAGCCCAGCUGAGGGACAUUUGCAUUAAGCUGGGACUGAAGCUUGAAUCCUCACUGUCUGAACUGGCUAACGUGCGGCGCUGCCUGGCACACGGUAUGUUCGCCAACGCUGCUGAGCUCCAGCCAGAUGGUACCUACGUGGCUCUGGACACCCACCAGACCGUCGCCAUCCAUCCAUCCUCCGUCCUGUUCCAGGCAAAGCCGGCCUACGUGGUGUUCAACGAGCUCCUGCAUACGUCGCGCUGCUACAUGAGGGACCUGUGCCUGGUGGACGCCGACUGGCUACAGGAAGCAGCGCCGGAGUAUUUCCGGCGUAAAAUCCACACGGCAAAGAGCUAGUACACCUCAGGUCUUCUAGGGGUGCUUUAUCAAGUGUAACAGCAAAUUGCAUGAAUAUCCAGACCAUUUUGGAAUGGAUAGCAGUAGUACAUCAGUGUGGCUGGGCUUGAACAUGUUUCGCCACUCAUCUGAGAGGCUUCAUAUAAAGUAAGUAAUAAGAACAUUGGACAGGGUGUCGGGGAAUUUUCGACGAUUCCCCUUAAUGAAGCCUCUCAGAGGACUGGCAGAAUGUUUAAGAUAUCAGAAGUCCUGAUGCAUUCAACUAGGUGUUGAUGCCAUAACAGAGGAGUUUGAUUCCACUCGUAGGUGACUUUGUUUUCUCCUCUGAAGCCGAAACGCUGGAUGCUGGAUAAGGCAAUGCUGUAUAAGGCAAAACGUACUCAUCUAGAAAACAUGGAUCACUGAUUGAACAUUUAGGAAUGACUUUCCUAAAAAAAAAAAAAAAAAAAAAAAGAAGAGUUUGCUGUUCUUUGUACAAAUGACACAUUUUUGCACACCCUCCAGUAGCUUUUGACUAAUUUGUGUACUCCAGUGGUUUGAUACUGGAAGCUUUUUUCUACUUGCCUGUUUCUACAGCCAGUUUAGUUGGAUGCAUAUUAGGUGAGCUUACCUUGUUAUGAAUGCUUGCAUGUUUCCUUUAACUCCGUGGGAACCUCGGCUCAUGACGCACUUCUUGAGUGGCCGUGCUGUUUCUGGAACUAUUUUGCUUACCUGUAUUGAUGAAACAGCCUGAUGUCUAAGAAUACCGAUUGUGUUUAUGAGCAAAGGCCCACUUAUUAACUGGAUGCUUGGCUUGUAACCACAGCCUUAAUUCUAUAUCUCAUAUUAUCAACACCCUGUUUCAGGCCAUUGUAAACUUUGUUUUUAUACUGAUAUAUUAUAUGGGCAUUUAUUAUUAAUGGUAUCUGAAACACCAAUGGAUGUUUCUAUCUGAUUAAUGGCUAACGCAUUGUUGAUGUCUAAUCAAAAACUGAGAAUUUCGAGAUGCAGUUGCUUUGUACGCUUUAUAGAAAAUGACAGUUAUAUGCAUACAUUGUUAUUUUGGUUGGAAAGAAAUGAUUGAUAGGUGUCUGAAAAACCACUUUAGCUGUAAAGCUAGUGUUCUACUAGGAGUGGAAAGGUCCGGCUUCCACACGUGAUUUUGAUAUAUAAUGCAACAAUUCGAUUUUUGAUGAUACCACUGAAUCUGCUACAAUACAAUUUGCUACAGAUCAAUUCAAUAUCCUCUGAUCGUUACGUGACCGACUUUGGUGAGCAUCCUGUUAAUUUGUGAAUGACAAUGACAUAGAGAAGGAUCAUUUUAAAUCUAUCAAAGCUACGGGCAAAUCUCCUUGCUAGCCUAUAACCUAAUUAUCUACAGUUAUUUAAAAAUUUGAAUUAUGUUUUUAUACACCAGUGGUUUGUCUUUUUUUGAUAAUAAUCGAUUUAUAAUCACUUAUAAAUUGAUUAUUAGCUAUUUUGAUUGUUGCCUUUUAAAUCGAUGAAUUGAUCCAAAUGAUCAGAUCUUCACUGAUUGUAGAUUGUUCUACUAUCAGACUCGAAGCGAUUUGGACGAAGUUGGCGGAGGCUGUUUUGAAACUAGAAAUCCAAAGAAUUAUAAGCUCUAUCUUUAGAAAGCCAGACCAUUGAAACCUUUCUAUGAAGAAUGACAGACAAGUAAGACCACAUCCCUUCCUCAGCCCAUUUUCCCCAAAAGCAUCUCUGAAUAAAUCUGGUAGAGAGAGUGUUCAAUGUGACGCUCGCUCUACCAUUUAAUUAUGUUCUUUGCGAAACUCAGCCCUGAUCAUAUGGAUGUUGGUCGUCCAUCAUUUAUUGAAGUCCUGUGGAGCCACAAAGACCACAGUUUCUCCUCUAAGUAGAUAGUUUAUUGAUGCUGUCGACUUCCCAGUGGCUUUAUUAUUUGGAUAGUCUGUAUGUAGUACAUAAGACUGAUUCUCAGUAUCACCCUUCCUAAGCUAUGCAUGCCUUUCUAGAACAUUUGUAUAUCAUUUAAGUCCACACACUUGUUCUAUCUUGACACGAUAUACCUGCUACAGAUUGUACACAUAACAAGUACUUCUCGACUGAUAUGCUAUGCAUGAUGUAUGAUUAACACAGAAUAAGGCCACUCAGGUUUCUCUGGAAUGCUGAAUAUACCUCAAAUAUAUAUUUAGUAUAGUGAUAAGAAUGUUUUAAAAAAGAUUUUCUUUAUUGUACAGAGCAUGGACCUUCAUCUAAACUAUGACUUGACACUUCCAAAUCUCAAAUAUGCUUGAGGUAAUUUUUUUUUUUUUUUUACUCACUCUGAAGCCAAUUUCAAAAUUAUACGAUGAGUUCUUGUGCCUUCACAGAAGGUUGUGCGAAAAUAAACUACUGAAUAAAUGACAUAUUGAGGCAAAACUACAUCGUUAAAGCAACGUGUCUUGUCAUUGUCAGUUCCCUUCUCUGUUAAAAUGGAAUUUUCCACAUGAGGAAGGUGGUGCCUGUGAGGUUUCUUAUUUGAGGAAGUGCAAGAAUCAGGAAGAAUAUGAAGUAACCGUACUUAUUUUAACCUCCUCUGGGUGUUGCCUAUUCCUGCAUACUGAAUAUUGCAGUCUAAACAUGCUUGAUUUUGUUUUUAAAGAUCUAGGUUUAUUGAAACUUGCCAGUAUAAGGACGGUAAAAUAAAUGUGCAUCUUAAAGUAAAAAUCCACCAUGAACAAUUUGCAUAUUAAUCUUUAUGAUUAACUUUAUCUUCAAUCUUGAAUCUUUUUUUUUUAGUUUAAACUUCUUUCAUUGACAUUUUGCUACCUAAAGAGAGUGAUGCAGCAGCGCUUUAUUCCUUUAGUCUUUCCAGCUUUCUCACUGCCUCAUCUGUAUGCUCUGCUCAAACAGAUCAGUUUCCAAAGCUUUAACUUGCAUGUUUAUUCCACCGUCAAAGCUAAUGUGCUUGUGUCAUGACGUUGAUCUCUAAUUAGCUGAGCUGAGUCCAGCCUUAACUAAUACAGCUGCAUCAUAUAGUUGCAUUGCAUCCUGGAACUUUGAUUCCAACGUUUGCUCUCUCCACUCAUUCUCCACUGGAUUUUUCAUUAAUAUGAUGUUGAAAGAUGAGUGAAAAAAGAAGCUCUUGCUCUUUUGUUUUUAGGAGCUAACACCAAAACCUAGUCUUAUCAUUAUGCUUGAGACUGUUGAUUUUAUUUUCUCCCAUUAAAUGCUAUUGUAAUUACGCCAACAGUGUCAUCCUGUGAUGUCAGAGCGACACACAACCGCUAACUUCUCACAGGGACAACAAAAAUACAGCACCAACCACCAAUUUAGCACCAGAAUCUCUAAACACGUCAUAAAUAUUUUAAUAUAAAUGGAUUUAAUGUGUUUCAGGGCACACUUUUGCUUUAAGAAAUGGUUAUAAAUCACCUGAUUGAAGUACAGAGAUUGUGUAACUUUAUAAUAUUGUUCUUAUAGGCAUUUUGUUUCGAUGCAGUGUGGCUUGUAAUGAUUCAGCCAUUUCCAUUUAUGGUUGUUUAGCAACAUGAGAUCAAAGUUGGUUGUGAAACAUUACAUGCCGUCCCUUGCACGUCUCACAUGCCAUGUAACGUAGUUGCAAGGGUGUUUGUACAGUGACAGUUUUCAUGUUGCUGUUCCUUUCCAAGCUACAGCAGGCUACAAAGAGUUCUUAUAUUCAGAUGAUUUUAAUCGUUAUGGAGUAAAAGAACAUUUCAGUGCACAUGUCUGUCUUUUCAUAUGGAUUAGAUAUUUUUAAAUGAUAACUGAGAUGACAUUCAGGAAGGACAGCUAUGAUCCUUUGGUGCAAAUACUUUUACAAAUCAGUGCACAGAUUUAUUCCAGUCUUAUAUAUGAUGGAAGAUUUAUAAUUGGCGGUUACUGAAAAUGAGUGGCUGAAUGGAUUAGCACCAUCAUUACAAUAUGGAUUGGCUCUCCAUAUGCUCUAAAUCAUUCACUAAUAUACAUAGUUCAUUAAGUAGUGCAGGUUUGCGCAAUGUCUCCAAAGUCAUCAUGAAGAGAUGUAGUGAAGCAGCCUUCUGCUUUUAUGCACAUAAAACAUGGAAUGAUUUUUACAGUGAGAUCAGACUACAAUCCAUCAUUUAAAAAAAAACACACACACAGCUAAAGACAUAUUUAUAGUGUAUUUUUAGAAUUUUGUAUUUGUAUAUUUUCCUUUCAUAAGCUCUUUAUGAUUUCUUGUUUCUAUUUAUGAUAUAUUAUGAAUAUAUGUCGGCAUGCUCUGUUAUCUUUUGUUCUUCUUCUGUUUUGAUGUUUUGAUAAAUAUGUUCUUUUCAUUCUUAUUUUUCCCUUUAUAAACUGUAUUUUAUGAUUUCCUCUAUUUUCAUUUACUCUUGUCAUGUUUCACAAUUGUUUAUAAUUAUAUAUAACUAUUACUACUGACCCCACUUGAUUCCUCUUAUUUA